CUCUGUCUGUACCCCCCGUCGCCCGUGGCCGCCGUCCUGUCUUCCUCAUCCGCCUCCUUCUUCUCAUCCCCCAUCCAUACAUGCUGCACACGCUUUGUGCUUCUAUUAAGAGUCCGUAAAUCUCUUGAAAUUCUCAACAGACCCUGACAACAUCAUCGACUUCAUCACCAUCUUUCUAGGGACUUGCAGGGGAUAGAACACCACCUCCUCCGCACAGCACACUCGACGCACAAACGAACGAACGAACGAACGAACGAACGAACGGCCGACCGAACCGACCGACUUGAUCGCCAAUCUUGUUCGUCCCAGGCGGCCACGGUACAACCAAGAGAGACUGGAAAGCCAGCCCUAUUGUAUUGGACCUGAACACCGCCAUCCAUCCUAGACGGACGCUAGUUAAAAGGUCCAAGAUUGCUUGCCAGACCGGCCGGUCGCAGGUUACGGAUACAUAGACUAAUACCACGCAACUCCCCCGCUUCCUGGCUGCCCUCCGUCUGUUUGACCACCUCUUAUCAAGAGGUCAUUCAAAGGGUCAUUUAUCCAUCCGACUUCUCACGUCUCUCGUCAUACGUCUUGCCGACACAGAAAGCCCAACUGCCAAACACGGACGUCGUCGCCGGCGAUUCUGGCCUGGAGAAGGGUGUCCUCCCAGAGUUUUUCCCCCCCUAUCCCUUUUCUUGUUAUCCAACCCCUACUAGAAGGUUGUGCCUUUCAACGUUGAGGAGCCAGCCAGGCUUCGCAUCGGGUUACGCUGCCAUCCCGCAUCGAGGUCUCAGUUGCGCCAAUCUAGACAUCGCCGUCAAGUUUCCUCUCGCCGGCGGUCGACACCCUGUCGCCACGGCUCGCUCCAACACUAUACUCCAUCCCACAAUGAAUUCGCCACCGAAUUCCCUCCGAGCACAACAACUGAGAGACCUCUUGAUGAAAUCCGCCACGGACUGCCCCCCUUUGACCCAAGAACCGCCCCAAGGCCGGCCCGCAGUCGACGGCCCCCCUUCGCCGGCUGCCUCAGGUCCGGCCGUCAUGUCACCAUCCGGCUCUACCGACACUGCCAUCACCGUCGGUUCUCAUAAUGAUAAUGAGCACGAGAACGACACCGAGAGUCUGACCGACAGUGUGAGGGAGCACAUGUAUGAGAACCGCCUGCGCUACCACGCAUAUCGCUCGGGCCGUUAUGCCUUUCCCAACGACGCUACCGAACAGGAUCGAGACGAGAUGAAGCACAUUAUCAGCGUCGAGCUGUGUGGGAGGUACUUCUUCUCCCCCGUCGACGAUGUCUUGGCUAGAGGUGCCGAGGUUCUUGACUUGGGAACCGGUCCCGGCCACUGGCCCAUCGAAUUGGCCGAUUUGAACCCCAACUCUACCUUUCUCGGCAUCGAUCUCUCACCCAUUCAGCCCCCCGAGGUCCCUCCCAACUGUCACUUCAUGGUCGACGAUAUAGAGCAUGAAAACGGAUGGGAUCUCGACAGAGACCACUUUGAUUUCAUCCACCUUCGGCACACACUGCACUCCGUUCGCAAUCGCCAGGAGCUCAUGCAAAGGGCAUACGAGCAUCUGAAACCCGGCGGGUGGUUCGAGAUCCAAGAACUCGAGUUCUUUCCCCUGUGCGAUGAUCAGUCUUGUCCAGAAGGGGACAACUACGGCUUCCGAGUCUUCACCCAGUACCUGGAGGCAGGACUCAGGGCGCUCGGCUCGGAAAUGCAUGGCAUCCGCGUCGCCGUCGACGAGAUGCAAGCUGCGGGUUUCGAACGUGUCGAAGAGGACCGGCGGAAGUGUCCCAUUGGCGACUGGCCGGCAAGACCUGAACUGCGAGAGUGCGGCAUCUACAUGCGGGAAACGAUUCUGGAAGGCCUCAAGGGCCUGGCCACUCGGCCAUUCAGAGCCCUUGGCUGGACGGAAAUCCAAAUCGAAAUGUUCCUCUUGGGCGUAAGGGGGCAUGUCAAGGAGAGAAAUUUUCACUCCUACCUCUUCCACAGGACAGUCUACGGCAGGAAACCGCUUGAGAGUGAGACACCUCGCCGAUAACUUUCUUUCCCAGGAUCGGACGCUUCCUUUCCUACAUAAAACGUGCUUUGCACACGACUGCAUCUUGGGCAUUGCAUCAAAAGCGAUCCAGCUGGCGGGCUGGUAGGCAUCAUUAUCAAUCAUCAUCGCAAUAGGGGCUCUGCAUAGGGUUUGGGGCCGUCUUUCGGCGAGUCUGAUUGGGGGAGGGGGAGACAUACGGACGACAAGCGGUGACUUCAGCCGGCCUUCGGCACAUCGGCUCGUUUGUAUUGCAGCGAAGCCAUGGAGGAGUUUUUCGUUGGGCAUUUUUACCUUUUCUUCCUUCUUCAAACAGAAGUCAUGAGAUCAUGGGGACCUUGGGUGGCCUUUUUGCUCAUUUACGUUUGGAGUCUAUUUGCAGCUCGGCUGCCAGCCCAUACCUAUCUAGGCACACGGUAUAAGAGGCAAGCGGCAGUGAUUGCGACGUUGAGGUCGGUUGAUGAGGUGGGAGCAUCUCGAUGGCGCAGGAGAAUAAGGGAGCUCUUGCGAAAGGCUUUUGGUCUCUUCACUCGCUUCAACUGCCAUGUGCACCUUUUCUCAAAUCCAAAUACGGUACACAGGAAACGUGAUGAUGAGCAGAGGUCACAUUCAACUGUUCUCGACUGGCAUUCCCACAGAGGUUUGUUGACAUGGGCAUCCAAGCAAGCACAUGCACUGACUUCUUCGUGUGACACGUUCAUCUUUUGUCAGCCGUGCUACCAGACGGUGAUUCACACGCUCCGUAAUCCGAAACAAAAGCAAGCUGCCACAAUUUAAGUCUCAGCAUAAAGAGCCAACAAGCCAACAUGUACUAGCGUCGCAAGUACACAGACGAUAGGUGUUAGU